AGCCUCCGCAGCACCUCCAAGCUCUUCCUAGGCUUCAAGAAGCUGGGGCUGCGUCCACCGAAGAAGGGGCAGUUCAAGAACACAUCCCGCUUCUUCUGGGGGCUGCAGAAGCACAGCACGAAGAGGAGGAAGAAGAAGAAGAACAAGGCGGUGCUCAAGUCCACCUCCAACCUGAUGGUCCGCUUCAAGCGCGUGGGCAAGAAGAGGAAGGAGGCGGCCAGUGGCGCCUCGCCGGCAAAGCCGUCCUUCCUGCUGCUGCGACGGGGCGGGCAGGCGGCUGAGGACGGUGCGUCCCUCUUCCGCCGGCGCCCAGAAAGGAAAUUCAAGCCACGGGCGCAGGUGCUGAGCAAGGCGGCCGCUGCCACGGGCUGGCUGGCCAGGAAGGUGCUCUCCCGGCGCGGGCGGCUGGUGGGGGGCGGCCGGGCGGCCGACACGGCCUGGCUCUCCCGUAUCGGCGCCAAGAAGCUGCCGUUCCCUGCGGAAGACGAGAUCCUCAGGCACCGGGCCAACAUGAAGCGGAUCCCCGGCGGCAGCGGGCUGUCGGCCCCCAGCGCUAUGUGGCAUGGCCAGGAGAGGCACAGCAGCACAGUGCGGCGUCCGUCCCGGCGGCGCUCCCAGCGCGCGCCUGCAGAGCCACCGGUGCCGCGCUAUGGGUGGGCCGAGGAGGAGGAUGGAGCCUACAGCCGCCGGCGUGGCUAUGCCAAGGAGGAGGAUGGAGUCUAUGGCUCCCACCGUGGUUAUGCCAAGAAGGAAGAUGGAGCUUGUGGCCCCCGGCGUGGCUACGCCAAGGAGGAGGAUGGAGCCUACGGCCCCCGGCGUGGCUACGCCAAGGAGGAGGAUGGAGCCUACAGCCCCCAGCAUGGCUACGCUGAGGAGGAUGGAGCCUACGGCCCCUGGCGUGGCUACACCGAGGAGGAGGAUGGAGCCUAUGGCCCCCAGCACGGCUACGCUGAGGAGGAGGAAGGCUACAUCCAAACCCCACCUUACCCAGCGGGGUAUGGCUUUGAGGACGCAGUGCUGACUCCCUACGCCGACUACCCUGGCUAUGAGACAGAGGAGGAGUAUGGCUUCUAUGGGGGGUUUUGGGAGGAGGGUGACCCACCGGGGCACCCCUACAGCUACGUGGAGCUCGAGGAUGAGGGACCGUUCCGCGGCGGGUCCUCCCUCACUCUCUACGACCCUUACGGCAGCGACCCAGAGUACGGCGAGGAGGCAGCAGGGCCCUUUGGCUACAGGGGGGACCCCUACGAGGACUUUGGGGAGCCCAUCGCUGGAGGGUACCGUGGGGAUGAGUACCCUGAGCACCGCAUCCAGUACAGCGAGGGGGGGUGGGCGCCGCAUGCCCAGUCCUCCUGCAACCCCUACGCCCUGGCCCUGGAGGAGAUCACUGAGGCCGAGGAGCCCGAGGAGGAAGAGGAGGAGGAUGGAGAGUAUCCCUUCUCCAUCCUCAGUGCCUCCUCGCUCCGGGGCAUGCGGGAGACGCUCUCCUCCAAGCUCUCCCUCAAUAGGAAAUUCAGGCUCUUUCCUCGGCCCCAGGUCAAGCUUUUUGGCAGGGACCGCCUCGACGUCCCCCUCCUGCCGUCCCCCCACCUGCCCGUCACCCGCGAUGAGGACGACUAUGAUGAGUAUGAGCCGCCGCCACCACCGCCGGCAGCCCCCAGCCCCGCGGCAUCCCCAGGACGCCGGGUUUCGGCAGCGCGGCUGUGCGGGAGCCCGCUGGGGCAGUUCCUCCAGCGCUCCCUCUCGCAGCCCCCCAGCCGCCCGCCGCGGGGUGCAGGGGGGUUUCGGGACCCCCGCACCCCCCAGCCCUCCUACAGACGCUCUGGCCGCAGGCUGGUGGGGGUGGAGGGUGCCAGCUCGGGGGGCCGGGACCCCCCGCCACGAGCAUCUCCGGCCAGGGACCCUUCCCCGCCAGCGGGGCCCUGGGGGCAGCCCCCUCCCCAAGAGCCAGGGGCUGCGCGGCGGCUGUCACUCCGUAACCCCUUCGCCAGCUCUGGGCGCUCCCCAUCACCGCCGCCAUCCCGGCAGCGCCCCGGCACUGUGCGGGGCGAGGGGCCGCAGCGAUCACCCUCCCUCGGUGCCAGCAUCCAGCGGUUCAGCCCCGAGCCCCCUCCCCUGCCGCCGGCUGUCCCCCGCUCUCCGGGGCCAGUGGGGAGGCGUUUGGGGGUGCCCGCGGUGGGGUCGGGGAGACCACUGUCCCCACGGCCAUCACGGCGGAGCAGCCCCCCUGGGCUGCCGCUUCCCCAGGCCUGGCCCCGGCUUCCCGAGCCCCCCACCAAGGCCGUGAAGCCGCUGCAGAGGACCCCCUUCCUGGCACCGACCCCCCGCUCCGGCAGCCGCCGCCUCAGCCCCCCCGGCCCCUCCUGGGAUGAGGAGCUGCCCCCCUGGCAGGGUACCGCGCGGGGGCUCACUGGGGUGCCCCCCCCGCCCAGCCCUGCUCCCAGCACCCCCAAAACUUUCAUCCAGCGUAUUGGGCAGCCCCUUGCCGGGAUGGCCCCCCGCUCCCCCCUGGCGAGGCCAUCUCCAACUGAAGCGGGGGGCCACAGCCCCUCCCCGGGGUGCUCCAUGGGGCAGUCCCUGGCAUCACUGCUUGUGGGGAGCAUGGCCCCCCACAAAGCCCCUCCAUCACCACCGCCUGCCCGGCAUCCCUCCUCCCGCUCGCCCUCCUUGCCCCGGCGCCCAUCCCGGCGGGACGAGAGCACCCGCAGGUCACCGAGCCCACCGGUGAGGCACCGGGGCUGGGCUGACACCGGGUGCCCCAUCCUCCCCUCCUCUCCACGCGGUGACCAGAGCCCCUCACCGCAGCGUCGCGCCGCUUUCCCGGCGCCCCACGGCCGAACCACCGGCUCGCCAGCCAUGCCUCGCCACGGCGCUCGUGCCCCGGCGCCAGCGGAGACCAUCGAGGGCGAUGGGGCGGCCAGGGAGGAGGGUGCGGGGCGCUACGCGGUGGUGACGCCGCAGGUGCAGAGGUUGGGCUCCUUCCGGCGGGCGUCCCGCAUGUACAAGCAGCACUGGUCCACGCAGCACGUUGUGCGGGUGCGGGAGAUGCCCGACGCCUGGACGGCCGAGCAGGGGCCCCCCCGGCAGCCCACCCAGCGCAGCCGGCGGUGGGCGAGCCAGCGAGGAGCCGACAUCGCCCGAUACCUGAGCCAGCGCUCGCCGGCGGGCGGUUGGCGGGAGAGGCACCCCUGGGCGGACGGGUACCUGGGCAGCAAGCAGCCCUGGCGCAGCAAGAUGCAGUCGCUGUGCAGCCUGCCCAUCGUGCGGUACCAGGAGCCGCAGGAGGAGGACGGGCUGGAGGACAUGACCCAGCUGGAGGACCUCCAAGAAGCCGCGGUGCUGAGCAACAUCCGGACACGGUUCGAGCGCCAGCUCAUCUACACCUACAUCGGCAGCAUCCUGGUGUCGGUGAACCCGUACCGGCUCUACAACAUCUACGGGACGGAGCAGGUGCUGCAGUAUGAAGGCAGAGCGCUGGGCGAGAACCCACCGCACCUCUUUGCCAUCGCGAACGUCGCCUAUUCCAAAGUGAUGGAUGCCAAACACAACCAGUGUAUCGUCAUCAGCGGGGAGAGUGGCUCAGGGAAGACCGAAGCCACCAAGCUGAUCCUGCGCUACCUGGCAGCUGUCAGCCAGAAAUGCAGCACUGCCCCGCAGAUAGAGAUCCUGGAGGCGACCCCCUUGCUGGAAUCCUUCGGCAACGCCAAAACCGUGAGGAACGACAAUUCCAGCAGGUUUGGGAAAUUUGUGGAAAUCUUUCUGGAGGAUGGCUUGAUCUGCGGUGCCAUAACCUCGCAGUACCUGCUGGAGAAGUCCCGCGUGGUCUUCCAGGCCAAGAGCGAGCGCAACUACCACAUCUUCUACGAGAUGCUGGCAGGGCUGCCUGCCCAGCAGCGGCAGCGGUACUGCCUGCAGGGCGCGGAGACCUACUACUACCUGAACCAGGGUGGGAACUGCGAGAUCCCCGGCAAGGAUGACGCGGAGGAUUUCCGUCGGCUGCUCAACACCAUGGAGGUGCUGGGCUUCAGCGUGGAGGAGCAGAACAGCAUCUUCCGCAUCCUCUCCUCCGUCCUCCACCUGGGCAACGUCUACUUUGAAAAAUACGAGACCGACUGCCAGGAGGUCGCCACGGUGGUGAGCGCCACGGAGAUCCGGACAGUGGCUGAGCUGCUGCAGGUCUCCCCCGAGGGCCUGCAGAAAGCCAUCACCUUCAAGGUGACGGAAACGCUACGGGAGAAGAUUUUUACCCCCCUGACCGUCGAAAGCGCUGUGGAUGCCAGGGAUGCCAUUGCCAAGACCCUCUACUCCCUGCUCUUCGGCUGGCUCACAGACCGCAUCAACAAGCUGGUGUACCCACGGCAGGAGGCCCUCUCCAUCGCCAUCCUGGACAUCUACGGCUUCGAGGACCUCAACUUCAACAGCUUUGAGCAACUAUGCAUCAACUACGCCAACGAGUACCUGCAGUUCUUCUUCAACAAGAUCGUCUUCCAGGAGGAGCAGGAGGAGUACCUCCGGGAGCAGAUUGAGUGGAAGGAGAUCCCCUUUAGCGACAACCAGCCCUGCAUCGACCUCAUCUCCCAGAAGCCCUACGGCAUCCUUCGGAUCCUCGAUGACCAGAGCUGCUUCCCCCAGGCCACUGACCACACGUUCCUCCAGAAGUGUCACUACCACCACGGGACAAACCCGCUGUACACUAAGCCGAAGAUGCCGCUGCCCGAGUUCACCAUCAAGCACUAUGCAGGGAAGGUGACCUACCAGGUUCAUAAGUUUUUGGAUAAAAACUACGACCAGGUCCGUCAGGACGUGCUGGACCUGUUCAUCACCAGCAGGACCAAGGUGGUGGCCAACCUCUUCUUCGGCCGUGCCCAGGUGAUGGCCCGGCAGAGGAGCCUGGACAGGAGGAGCAGCACCAGGACGCGGCGAUACAAGGCUCCCACCGUGGCCGCCCGGUUCCAGCAGUCGCUCCUGGACCUGGUGGAGAAGAUGGAGAGGUGUAACCCCUUCUUCGUGCGCUGCCUCAAACCCAACAACAAGAAGGAGCCAGGGCUCUUCGAGGCUGACGUGGUCAGCAGCCAGCUGCGGUACUCGGGGAUCCUGGAGACCAUCCGCAUCCGCAAGGAGGGCUUCCCCAUCCGCAUCCCCUUCCUUGUCUUCAUAGACAGGUACCGCUGCCUUGUCGACAUGUGGUCCAACGUCAUUCCCAAUGGGGCCAACUGCGUGGAGAUGCUGAGGAACCUCUGCCCCGUCAGCCCCAGCAUGUACUACGUCGGCGUCAGCAAGCUCUUCCUGAAGGAGCAGCUGUACCAGGCACUGGAGAGCAAGCGAGCCCGUGCCCAUCACCUGGCCGCGCUCACGCUCCAGCGCUACGCUCGCACCUUCUUCAUCAAGAGGCGUUUCCGCUCCCUCCGUCGAAAGAUCGUCCUCCUGCAGAGCCGGGCGCGGGGCUACCUGGCCAGGCAGAGGUACCGGCGUAUGCGGCACACGCUCAUCAAGUUCAGGUCGCUGGUGCACAUCUAUGUGAACCGCCGGCGGUACCUCAAGAGGAAGGAGGAUGCCCGCCGGCGGGCAGAGGAGGAGAGGGAGAGGAUGAAGCAGGAGCUGACGAGGAGGGAGGUGGUGGACGUCACCCACCUGGAGAUCCCGGCCGAGCUGAUGGGGUUGCUGGAGGCUGCCGCAGCUGCCCGGGAGGUGAACGCCGGCUGCGUAGUCCUGGUGCCGCCGCCGGCGCUGCAGCCUGACUCCCAGCUCACCCUCCCGCUCGACAUCAACGACUACCCCAUGGCCAAGUACGUGCGGGGCCACUUCCAGGAGCCGGCGUUCGGGAUGCUGACGGCCCCACUGGUGGCCCCCCUCACCCGGCUGGACGAGGAGCUGUGCCACGAGGCGCUCAGCCUCUUCCAGCUGAUCCUGCGGUUCAUGGGGGACCCGGGGCUGGGCGGCCCGCAGGAGACUCUCUUCGGCAACUACAUCGUGCAGAAGGGGCUGUCGGCGCCAGGGCUGCGGGACGAGCUCCUGGCACAAGCCGCCAACCAGGUCUGGCGUAACACCAACGUCAACAACGAGGAGCGGGGCUGGCUGCUGCUGGCCGCCUGCCUCAGCGCCUUCCCCCCCUCCACUGCCUUCGACAAGUACCUGCUCAAGUUCGUCUCUGACUACGCCUUUGCCGGCUACAAGCCGGUGUGCCAGCGCAAGCUGAUGCACGCCAUGGCGCAGUCGCAGCUGGGCGCUGCGGUCGCCCGCGCCUACCCACCCUCGCUGCUGGAGUGGACGGCGAAUCGGCAGCAAGCCAGCAUGGCGCUCGACCUCCACUGCUUCAACGGCGACCAGUUCUCCUGCCCCGUCCACUCCUGGAGCACGGGCGAGGACCUGGCGGGGGAUGUCCUGAAGCACAGGGGACUGGCGGAGGGCUGGCGUGGCUGGUCCGUGGCCAUGAAGGCGGGCACCCAGUGGGCUGAGCUAGCCGGCCACGACUAUGUCCUGGACCUCGUUUCCGACCUUGAGCUGCUCCGGGGCUUCCCCAAGCAGAAGUCCUGCUUCCUCGUCGCAUGGGAGGGGGCUGAGAGACACGGCGGGGACAGCCAGGCGGUGCUGGGACACAGCUUGGAUUUGGAUGAAGUGCCUCCUCCCCCGGCCGUGAAAGCCCCCACGCUGCCAUCCACGGAGGCGUACCCCCCCCAUGACGGGGACUUCGGGGAGCCGCGCAGCCAGAAGGGUCUGGAUCGGUACCUGGACAGCCUCUUCGACCCCGUGCUCUCCUACGGCAAUGGGGAGCUGGAGAAGCCGUCCGCCGUCUCGCAGAGGAUGAAGGGAGGAGGUGGCGCGGGAGGGGGGGACAGCGGCAGUGAUGCCAAGCAGAGCAGACCCCCCGUGCCUGCGGAGACACGUCAGCCGAGGGGCGCAGAGCCAGCCCCAUCUCCGCAGCACCGGGCAGAUGCCAAGCAGCCACCUGGGCCCCCGGGCAGAGCAGCGGAGGGGACGCCAGCCCGUGCCCCCCAGCCCCGGCCCUACUUGCAGAAAGUCGCACCCGUGGGCCGGCGGUGGCCGGGCGAGCUGGUGCAGCAUUCCCGGCUCAACUCGGAGCACUUCCCACGGCCCACGCAUGACAUCCGCAACAUCAUCCGGCAGUGCCAGCCGGCCCCACGCAGCUCCCAGCCCCCCAGCAAGCUCUUUGGGAAGAAGCUGGACCCCCACGAGGAAGCCAUGCAGAUUCUGAAGGAGCAGCUCUUGGCAGCCCGGGUGCCAGCGGCUGCGGAGCCCAAGGAGAUGGUGGCCGCGGUGAAGCCGGUGACCAGUGGCAGGUACCAGCUGCGAGCGCCAACGGGGCAUCCGGUGGCCCCCCGGCCCCCAGUCUCCAUCUCACGGGAGCUCCCGUCCGAGGGGCAGCAGGUCCAGACCCAGCUGCACCGGAGCUGCAGUGAGGACUUCUACACCUACCACAACGUGCCCUGGAAAAUAUACAUCCGCAAGGAGGUUUUCUACCCCAAGGACAACAUCAACAACCCGCUGCUGCUCGACCUCAUCUUCCGGCAGAUCUUCAAUGAUACGCUCUCAGACACCUGCAUCCGGAUCAGCCAGGAGGAGCGGCUCCGCUUGAAAUCCCUCUUCGUGGAAAACAAGCUGGACUCCUUCAGCCCCGUGGCCACCGAGAGCGUCAAGAGGGAGAUCAUCGCCGCUGCCCGGGACGGCUGCGAGGUGUAUUUCUCGCGCCUCUUCCCCGCCACGGGCAGCGUGGGGACAGGCGUGCAGAUCCUGGCCGUGUCCCAUGCCGGCGUCAAGCUGCUGCGGCUGGUGAAGGGCACCAACGUCCCUGGGGAGCAGCUGCGGGUGCUGCGGGCGUACAGCUACGCCGACGUGCUGUUCGUGACCACCCCGUCCAGGAACAUGCUGGAGUUCAACCUGCGCAGCGAGAAGCUCAUCCUCUUCUCCCCCAAAGCCCCCCAGGUCAAAGCCAUGGUCGACCACUUCAUCACGGAGCUCAGGAAGGACUCCCAGUACGUGGUGGCCGUGAGGAACUACAGCCCAGAGGACGGGCGCCAGCUCAGCUUCCACAAAGGGGACAUCAUCCACCUGCAGCCGCUGGAGCACCCCGAGAGAGACCACUACUACGGUUGCGUGGUCCGCAAGAAGGUGAUGUACCUGGAAGAGCUGAAGACGGGCACCCAGGAUUUUGGGUGGAAGUUCGGGGCCAUCCAUGGCAGGUCGGGGCUCUUCCCCGCUGAGUACGUCCAGCCCAUCGUGGCCCCCGACUUCGUCCAUUUGCCGGUGGAGAGGAAAGAGGAGCCCAGGGACAAGCAGGGCAAGGUGGCAGCUUCGGCAGCCGUGGCCAUGGCCGUAGCCUCCACCGCCGUGGCCCAGGAGCUGGACUGGAAAACUGAGGCAUCCCCCACCAGCACCACCUUUGUGGAGGGUCCAGAGGGAGACAGCGGCGAGCCACUCCGGGAUGGCGUGGGGACCUGCCCCAUGCUGGCCUUCGCCCGGCGGUAUUUCCGCGCAGCGCGGCACGGGACCACGGAAUCCUGCGGGAUGAAGGCCAAAAGGGAUGUGCCCAACGUGCUGGAGAUGCUGAUGUUCACCAAGACCCCCAUCCAGGAGUCGCUCAUCGAAUUCGUGGAUGGUGGCAUCAGCAAACUGGCCACUGAAGCUUUCCAAGCUGUGAUGAAGUUCAUGGGCGACCACCCUCUGAGGGGGCAGACGGAGCUGGACAGCGUCUGCACCAUCCUCAAGCUGUGCGCGGAGCACGAGGUCCUGCGGGACGAGGUGUACUGCCAGAUCAUCAAGCAGGUCACCAACAACACCAGCUCCAAGCCGGACAGCUGCCAGAAGGGCUGGAGGCUGCUCUACAUCCUCGCCGCCUACUACAAGUGCUCCGAGGUGCUCAGGCCCUUCCUCCUGGCCUUCCUGCAGGAUGCUAGCAGGCACCCGGAGCUGCCUUUCCAGGGCAUCGCCAAAGCCUGUGAGCAAAACCUGCGGAAAACCCUGCGGUUCGGCGGCCGCAGCCUCUUCCCCAGCAGCAUGGAGCUCAAGGCCAUGGUGGCUGGGCGCAGCGCCAAGCGCCAGCUCUUCCUCCUGCCCGGCGGCAUCGAGAGGCACCUCAAGAUCAAGACAUGCUCGGUGGCUCUGGAUGUGAUCGAGGAGCUGUGCUGCGAGAUGGGGCUGCAGCACCCAGAGGCUUUCGACGAGUACAUCCUCUUCGUGGUGACCGACAGAGGGCAGAGCGUGCGGCCGCUGACCCGCCAGGAGUACGUCCUGGACGUGGCUGCCGAGACGGAGCGCCGGGACGCCAGCUACACCUUCUGGUGCCGCCGCGUGGUCUGGAGCCAGCCCCUCAAGUUCGACAACGAGCUCUACAUCACCGUUCACUACAACCAGGUGCUCCCUGACUACCUCAAGGGACUGUUCACCGUCCUGCCGCCUGCGAGGCCGGGAGAGCAGCACUUCCCGCACGUGGCCAAGCUGGCCGCCCUCCAGCACCGAGCCAAGGACCACCACCACCUCCCCACCGCGCGGGAGGUGCAGGACUACGUCCCCCCGCAGCUCUUCCGCCUGCUGAAGGCCCAAUCCUGGCUCCACAUGGUGACCCAGCACGUGGAGCAAGCUCAGGCGCUCAGCGCCCACCAGGCCAGGGCACAGUUCCUGGGGCUGCUGAGCGCCUACCCCAUGUUCGGCUCGUCCUUCUUCUACAUCCAGAGCUGCAGCAACAACGCCAUUGUCUCACCCUGCAUCCUGGCCGUCAACCAGAAUGGCCUCAACUUCCUCAGCAAGGAGACCCACGAGCCCGUCGCCAAGUUCUCGCUGAAGGAGAUCCAGUCGACACGGACGCAGCGGCCGACGGCCGGAUCCAGCUAUCCCUACGUGGAGAUCACGCUGGGAGACCUCCUGGCCCAGAGCAUCACCCAACUGCAGCUGGAGCAGGGCCUGGAGCUGUGCCGCGUGGUGGCCGCGCACAUGGAGAGGCUGUUGGGGGCCCGGGAGAAGAGGUUGACGCUGCCGCCCAGUGAGAUCACCCUGCUCUGA